UGCACCUGCACCUGCACCUGCACCUUCACCUACACGAAGCUAACUUCUCUCACUAUCACCAAACAAGAAACUCAAACGAGAAUGAGGAUUAUUUCACGGCUGUUCGAAUCAGAAAAUUCUUACCGGAGAAAACGAACACAAAAAUCUCCGAAGCAUCUGGACUCCACCGAUAGCGCCACGUCGUCACCACUCAGCGAAGCCACCGGCUCUAGCAGCCUCCAUAGCAGUCUCUCUCUCCAGACACUCCCUUCCGUUCCCUCUCUUCAGAAAAUCCCCUCGGAGACUUUCGCCGUUACCGUCUCACACUCCGUUACCUCUUCCUUCAAACUCCGGGAACGGAGUCUCCCGGUCACUUGUCUCGCCGUCAACGGAGGUUAUCUCUUCGCAGUCUCCGGACACGAAGUCAGCAUCUACGAUCGCGACAUGUGUGCUCAUCUCGACAGUUUCAACGGUCACGAUCCUUUCUCAGGAUCCGUCAAGUCCGUCGGUUUCUCCGGUGAUAAAAUCUUCACUGCUCAUCAGGACGGUAAAAUCGGAGUUUGGAAACUAACGGCGAAAAACGGUUACAAACAGUUAACGACGCUUCCAACUUUAAACGACCGUUUGCGACGUUUCGCUCUUCCCAAAAACUACGUUCAGGUUCGCCGUCAUAGAAAAUGUCUCUGGAUCGAACACGCUGACGCCGUUAGCGCUCUCGCCGUCAAUAACGGAUUCAUCUACUCCGUUUCUUGGGACAAGACAUUGAAGAUAUGGAGAGCCUCUGAUCUUCGUUGCAAGGAAUCAAUCAAAGCUCAUGAUGACGCCGUUAACGCCGUUGCUGUCUCUGCUAACGGCACCGUUUAUACUGGAUCCGCUGAUAGGCGUAUUCGGGUUUGGGCGAAACCCGCGGACUCGAAACGACACGAGUUAGUUGCGACUUUGGAAAAGCACAAAUCGGCGGUUAAUGCUUUGGCGUUAAACGACGACGGAUCGGUCUUGUUCUCCGGCUCGUGUGACCGGUCAAUAUUGGUUUGGGAGAGAGAGGAUAGUUCCAAUUACAUGACGGUGAGGGGUGCUUUGAGGGGACACGACAAAGCAAUACUUAGCUUGUUCAACGUCUCUGAUUUGCUGAUAAGUGGAUCAGCUGAUCGGACGGUCAGGAUUUGGCGGCGCGGAAUCGAUGGUAGUUACCGUUGCUUGGAGGUACUUUCUGGUCACACGAAACCGGUUAAGUCGCUUGCAGCGGUUAAAGAUUCGGAGUCAGACGGUGUCGUUUCAAUCGUUAGUGGAAGUCUUGACGGAGAGGUCAAGUGUUGGAAGGUCUCCGUCACCAAACCGGAUAAUUAUUCAAUUUACAAAGAUCUCGUUUUAUAAAUUUUAUUUUUUUAAUUAUUGCUUUAUUACAUGUUUGGCGAACACCAUUUUGGCGUUUCUUAACCGGCAGUUUAUAAAAAAGAGUGUGAUAUAAUAUGAGUA